AUGCCUUGCGAACUCAUAGAUGUCGUUCUGCUUGGCCUCCUGCCGUCGACCAUUUUCGUGCAUCUAUGGUUGGCUCUAUUCACCAAGGUCGAAGAAUCGUUCAACAUACAGGCCAUCCAUGAUACUUUGAUUCACGGUAUCCCAACACGCAAUGCUGCCGCCUUUUUCAAUUCUCACUAUGACCACUUCACCUUCCCUGGACCUGUGCCGCGCACCUUCGUUGGUGCUGUUGUCAUGUCCGGCUUGACUAGACCUUUGCAGAUCAUCAUGAACAUGCUGUCAUUAGAAGUUGUUGACAAGUUCACCUUCCAGCUUGCCGGUAAGACGACCACUCAAGGCAUUUUUGUGUCUCUUAUUUCUGAUGUGUUACAAAANGCAAGAGGAGUGCUCGGGCUGCUGAAUGCAGCAGCUCUCGUUCAAUUCAAGCGUGCAAUCGACACAGCAUAUGGCAAAGUUGCAGGAAGAUGGUACAUCAUACUCCAAGCCUCGCAGUUUCAUGUCAUGUUCUAUGCAUCUCGCACCCUGCCCAACAUGUUUGCGUUUAGCAUCACGACCUUGGCAUUGUCCAACCUCAUCUCUGCUCAGGCAGUCGCAACACGCACACAAAAAGGUUCGAAACGCAGGCGUCUGGCUCUCUAUCUCCUCACUGCUUCAGGAGUCAUAUUCAGGUCAGAGAUCGCCAUCCUGCUGGCUAUGCAGACCCUAUACUUGCUACUACAGGGUCGAACUUCUUUGGUCGAAGAGGUCAUCCCCGCUGGAGUCUUCGGCCUUGUCAUCGGACUUGGUGUCACAGUCUCGGUAGACUCUUACUUCUGGCAACGCUUUCCACUGUGGCCGGAGUGGAUAGGAUUCGUGUACAACACCAUCCAAGGCAAAUCCUCCGACUGGGGUGUGAGUCCAUGGCACUACUAUUUCAUCAAUGCCAUCCCUCGUCUNUUGCUGAACCCAAUCUCAUGGUCACUUUGUAUACCGCUAGCUCUGAUCAAUCGCGCUACCCGCAAGACGAGCUUGGAUACCAUGAUUCCGCUGCUCGCUUUCGUGGCCAUCUACAGUGUUCUGCCUCACAAGGAGUGGCGUUUUAUCAUCUACAUCAUCCCUGGCCUUACUGGUGUCGCAGCCGCAGGAGCGUCAUGGAUCUGGACCCGCCGAUCCAAGACUCUUCUCUACCGUCUCUUGAGUUUGGGUCUUGUCUGCUCGACCUUGUUGUCUUUUGCUGGUAGCUUGAGUUUGCUCUAUAUCUCCAGUCUGAACUAUCCCGGNGGUGAAGCUCUUACGCGUCUCCACGAGGUUGCGACCAGUGUCAAACCGGGCCAGACUUGGGUAUACAUGGACAAUCUUGCCUGCCAGACUGGUGUGACUCGAUUCCUGGAGAAGGAUGCAGGAUCAAAUUUUAUGUACGACAAGACCGAGAACCAAACAAUACUGUUGGAUCCAGGCUUCUGGCAAAAGUUCGACUAUGUGCUUGCAGAAGAUCCAAAGCGCAUCAUUGGUAGCUGGGAGGUCGUUGACACCAUCUACGGAUAUUCUGGCAUUGGUCUCGGCAAGUUGGCUGCAGAUCAGGAUAGUGCACCUCUUCUCUCGACACGUAGUGUCAUUGCUCAGCCUCUGAACAAGUUGCUGCAGAUCUACAACCAGGUAGCGCGUACGGCAAGCCAGAAACUGACUGGCGGACGAUGGCCCAUCAUAAAGAUGGAACCAAAGAUUUACAUUUUGAAAUCACAGUAA